GCAGAUUUGUUUGCCUUUUCAUUUCCAUCUUCUGAGACACACUGGGAUGAAUGGGAAUUUGCUCCUUUUCUUUUUGAAUUUCUGGUUAAUGCUGAGCCAGUGAUUUGGCUAAGAAAUCAGUGCAUUUGACUUCUUGUUUUUUUUUGUUUUGUUUUGUUUAACAGCGAAAGAUCUGUGUUGUCCAAUAGUUUCGUCUUUACUCUUCAUUUACAGGAAGAGGUCAGCCACUUUCAGCCUUGGGGCAGCAUUUUAAACUCUCAUAGUUUACAGUAAAGCCUGGCUGUUUAAGAGCAUCGGGCCUAAUUCAUACCUCACAUAUGUGACAGAUUUGAAGCUGACCUCUAUGUGGUAUAAGUUUGCCACGAGGUGUUUCCUUAUUCUGUGCCCUCCAGACUAACUCAUCUAUGCAUCCCAGUUGAACAUACUCCCUUCUUAGGGCAUUUGUGGUCACGUGCCAGUCCCCUGCUCUUUGCUAUUUAAGAUUUUCAUACUUAGUACUGAUCUUCUGUAAUUCAAAUACAAAUGUUGUCAAGUGUGUUGCAGUCCACUUAGCCUACCCUUCUUUCCAGAGAACUUCAUGAGGAUCCCUCAUACCCUGCAGUGAAAACUUGCUGUAAUUGAAAAUUUGACUUAUACAUGAUGUACUGAAGUAUGUGUUCAUGCUGUUUGAAAAACGCUGGCUGGUUGUCCAGGAAUGUAUGAAUAUGUUACUUUUCGUUGCCUUUUUUGUGUGAAGAAGUCCAAUGCUUCACUGAAAUGCUAGGUAUGAUUUUGUUGCAGUUUCAAAAAUAUUUUCUAACAAAAGGAGGUGGUUUUUGGAAAUAGAUGCCGUUCUUAACAGACAAAGAAGAGAAAAUCCAUUCCCAGUAUGGCAACACAUACAACUAGAUGCAAGUCCUACAGAAAGCAGCUGAAGUAAGUAGUAGAUACCUGUCUUUGAUAGAUUUAGUUGUUUAAAAAUGUAUACAUGAAGAGACAGUUCAUUACUGUGAAUGCAGCUGUCGUCUUUCGCAGGAAAUAACUGUGAGGGAAACUGUUCUCAAGCAUAGAAAAAUGUACAUUUGACCUGUAUUUUUCCUUUCUAAGUGAGAAGAGGUAUUUUUCUGUAUGAAAUCCUCUAUACUGUCAGUGACAGAUAAGCCAAUAGACCAAGUCCAGUGAGUACCCUUGAAAUUUUCACUGCUUUGAAUCUGCUGCUCUGUCUGAAAAGAACAAAGAGAAAUACUUCUGACAUUAAGAGGGGAUUAAGCACAAAACGGACCUGAGUUGAGGCCGUUCACGUUUUAAAUAGAGUUUUUCUUUCAAGAUGGUUAUUAAACCAUCCUGAGUUAGUAACAGCAAGUCUUUUGCACAAAUUCUUACGGUAUAUGGAAAUAUCUUCAUCACACACUGUAAAGAAGAAGAUUCUGAAACGUCAAAGCAUUCUGGGGGCUACUGGCUUGUCUGAUGCUAAAUGGUAUAAAUCCAUCAUUGACUUGAGUUGGGUGUGGCAGUUUACCCCAGCUAAAAUUCAGGCCACUAGCAGAAAUACACCCAUGAUGCUCUAUUGCCCAAUUAGUGUUACCUUUCAGCAUUGUACAGACAUGUCACUCCAUACUCAGACCUGUGGGAUGCAAUGAAUCUGACUUACUAUGAAUCCUUUAGUGCAGGAAGGUACUACUCAUUAUAAAUAGCCACUUGGAAAACUGGCUCUUACAAUGUGUAUCAGCCGUGUUCAGAGGCAACCUCUACGUGGAGGAUGGAGAAAGGAUGGUGAAAUCGGUAAGUGGGGAUGCCUGCUGAGAAAUUACAUGCUGUGAGAGGAAGAAAAUCACACAAAGAUGAAGCAAAGAUGUUUAUAUGAUAAUUGUUUUCCAUAUGUUUAAAAUCUUGCCAGAGGAAAUUCCAACUGAUUGAUCCAACUGUGUCAAGAGUUACAUGGUAUUUGGAUAUCAGUACAAGACUGUAAUUAAAUGCUUUCUUUCAGAGGAUAAAUCAUGCAGGAAUUUAAGGGUGAAAUUUAUUAUGACGUCCUAAGUGUGUAGAAGUUCUGUAGUGAUGCUGCUUUUGUGGCAUCCUGAAAAAUCCCCACUUAGAGAAAUGCGUUACUAAUCGUUGCAGUUCUUUUCUUUGCUCAAUGUGAUCCCCGGAAAAGCAGAUGAUAACAUUCUUAAAAAGGGAGAUCAGCCCAAACAGAGAAGCAGCACAGUCAUGUGACAUCAGAAAAGCUAUCAUCUGCUAACAUUAAAGCAGCAACAGGGUUGUCUGGGGGUCAGCCAGGGCCCUAACGCUAAAGGAAAAAAAAAUAAAGAGCUUGGAAAAAGAUUCAGGCUCUAUUAUGUCCCACUUACUUGCAGAAUACCAGCUUAUAACGCUACUGGCAUCCUGAUCUUUAUUACACCGAUCUUGCCAACUCUCAUACCAAUUUGAUAAUUAACAGAUUGCGUCAAUAUAUAAUUCCAUAGUAACACUGUUUUUUUCAUUUUUCAGUAUCGCUGCACUUCUGUAGGACCUCUUUGCCUAAGAAAGCUUCUCUGAAAUAAGAUGGAGGAUGAUUUAGCGGACGCGAGCGGGGUCUGCCCUGCUGCCGUGAAGCCUCACGCCGUUACGCCUGGCACUGGUGAAUUUAGGGCAAACAGAAGCUAAUGCUGCCGAGGCUGUGCAGUCAGUCACGGGAAUCUAUCGAUCGCCCCAGGAAGUCGCGGGUGCAAGUGCCACGGCUGGGUUCCUUUCAACGGACAGGUUAUGUAUUGCAAGCAGUCCUGGGCACAACCGUGAUUCCGUUAUGUGGGCCUGGUGAAAUGGACAACUGCACAACAGCACUAAUUCAGACAGAGAACAGUCCACGUGUGGCUCAAGUUGGGAUAACCAGAUGCAAGCCUGAAAUGAAGGAUUACUGCUUCCACGGACAGUGUGUGUACAUAGUGGACUUGGACGAGCACUAUUGCAGGUGCGACGUAGGCUUCUCUGGUGUCCGAUGUGUGCAUUCAGAACUUGUCAGACAACCCCUCAGUAAGGAGUACGUGGCACUGACAGUAAUCCUCAUUCUGCUUUUCCUCACCGCCUUCUCUAUUGCAAGCUAUUACAUCUGCAAAAGGUACCGAAACAAGAAGAGACAAAUGAACACGAGUGAAUACAAGGAAGUUGGUACCCUGUAGGAGAAUCCGUGGCUUCAUACAGUGUUCUGUUCAUCUGGAUGGACUCGGUGGCUUCCCAUCUAUUUAAAUGUUAUUUUUAUUAACAAUAUUUACAAUAUUUAUGUUCUCUUAAAAAUUUCAAUUGUUUGGUGAUCCAAUCAGUAUAGGUCAAGUACUUUAUUUUCAGUGUUUUAUUUUUUUAUUUAAUAGUAUUUCUCAAUGAGAAUCCUACAUAAGUGGCUCUGUGGGAUAGAGAUAUAUUUUUGUAACGGUUCAUCUUCUUGCCAGUACUACCUGGCUCAAACUCUGAAGAGUAAUUUUAUAUUUAUUCUUGUGAAUAUGCUGAAAACAAUUUUACUCCUUGAAAUAAAAGUUCUAGACCAAG